AUGAAUUAAAGUUAUUAAAAUGAAAGUCACAAGAAAUAUCCAAAUAACUGGAAGAAUUUAUUCCCCAAAUUUAGAGAUGUAAUUGAUAGAUACGAUUAUUUUGAUGUAAAUCUUGUGGGUUGUAAAUUGCAUUAACGAAGAUAAAAGAAUUGGUAUGUCAUUGUAUUGUUUGCAUUUUAAUCGAUUCAUCUAACUUUAAGGAUAAAAUUUAAGAAAUAAAUAGAAAAAAUAACUCUAAAGACAAGAACGAUGAAAUAGUAAUUUUUAUAAUAGAUUAAUAGCCGAAUUCAUACUUAGAAAUUCGUUCAAUUCUAAACAUAAGAAAAUUAUCUUAAGGCAGCAAAAAUUUAUAUUAAUCAUCCUUAAUCAAAUUAAUAAACAAGAUUGAAACAACAAAUUUUUAGAGAUUAUAGCCAAAAAGAAUUUAUGCAUUUAAUUUCAUAUUAAUGUAAAAGUAUGAAUUAAGUGAAUGCAUUAACUCGAUUCUAAAAAUCAAUUAAUAUACCAAUAUCCCCAGAAAUGAAGGAUAUAAUUAAAUAAAAAAAAACUAUAUUUAAAGAAAUUGCCGAAAAGAGGCCACAUCGAUCUCGGGAAUUGAAAUAUUACCAAAUGGUAAUUUUUAUUCAUGAAUGAUAGUUUCUUGAUGAACUCUUUAUUUGUAAAAGGGGAUUUUUGGCUUUUAGAUUAUUUAUAUUAUAUGAAUUAUCAGCAAGAAUUUCUGAACUUUCACAAAUAAGUUUUUCAAUGUUGAUAAAUGGUUUGAUAAAUUAUGUACAAAGAAAUAGUAAAGAAUGGGGAAAAAGCUGA